AUGACACAAGUUUAUGAUGAAAAGGGAAACCAAACUAUUAUCUCCGAGUUCCUUCUCCUGGGCCUGCCUAUCCAAUCAGAGAGGAAGGCUCCUUUCUAUGCCCUCUUCCUUGCCAUGUACCUCACUACAAUCCUUGGAAACAUGCUCAUCAUCCUCUUGAUACAUGUGGAUUCCCGCCUACACACACCCAUGUAUCUCUUCCUCAGCAACCUGUCCUUCUCUGACAUGUGCUUCUCCUCUGUGAGCAUCCCCAAACUGCUGGUAAACAUGCAGAGCAAACCAGCUAUCCCCUAUGCUGGCUGCCUUUCCCAGAUGUACUUCUUCCUUUUCUUUGGAGACCUAGAGAGCUUCCUGCUGGUGGCCAUGGCCUAUGACCGCUAUGUGGCCAUCUGCCACCCACUGCACUACACUGUCAUCAUGAGCCCCAAGCUGUGCAGCUCUCUCGUGGUGCUUUCCUGGGUCCUCACUGCCUUCCAUGCCUUGCUGCACACCCUGCUCAUGUCCCGAUUAUCCUUCUGUGCCAACAACGUUAUCCCCCAUUUCUUCUGUGACAUGUCUGCCCUGCUGAAAUUGGCCUGUUCAGACACCCGGCCAAAUGAGUUGGUAAUCUUUGUCACGGGGGGACUGAUUUUGGUUGUGCCAUUCCUGCUAAUUAUCACAUCUUAUGCCCAUAUUAUCUCUUCUAUCCUCAGGGUGCCCUCUGUAAGGGGCAUUCGCAAAGCCUUCUCUACCUGUGGCUCUCUCACAGUGGUCUCUCUCUUCUAUGGGACAGUCAUUGGCCUCUACUUGUGCCCUUCAGCAGACAACUCCACAAUAAAGGAGACAGUCAUGUCAAUGAUGUACACUGUGGUAACACCAAUGCUGAACCCCUUUAUUUAUAGUCUGAGGAAUCAAGACAUGAAAGGGGCCUUCAAAAAACUUCUGGAAGGAAGAAAACUUCCCUUCUCCCUAGGACUGUGA